CAGAUAGCAAGAUGUCUUCAGGAAAUGCCAAAAUUGGGCACCCUGCCCCCAACUUCAAAGCCACUGCUCUUAUGCCAGAUGGUCAGUUCAAAGAUAUCAACCUAGCUGACUACAAAGGAAAAUAUGUUGUGUUCUUCUUUUACCCUCUUGACUUCACCUUUGUGUGCCCCACGGAGAUCAUUGCUUUCAGUGAUAGGGCAGAAGAAUUCAAGAAACUCAACUGCCAAGUGAUUGGAGCUUCUAUUGAUUCUCACUUCUGUCACCUAGCUUGGAUCAACACACCCAAGAAACAAGGAGGACUCAGACCCAUGAACAUUCCCUUGGUAUCCAACCCAAAGUGCACCAUUGCUCAGGACUAUGGGGUCUUAAAGGUUGAUGAAGGCAUCUCAUUCAGGGGACUCUUUAUCAUUGAUGAUAAAGGUAUCCUCCGGCAGAUCAGCGUGAAUGACCUUCCUGUUGGCCACUCUGUGGAUGAGAUUCUGAGACUAGUUCAGGCCUCCCAGUUCACUGACAAACAUGGGGAAGUGUGCCCAGCUGGCUGGAAGCCUGGCAGUGAUACCAUCAAGCCUGAUGUCCAGAAGAGCAAAGAAUAUUUCUUGAAGCAGAAAUGAGUGCUGGGCCAUUUU